CAGGUGGCGUUAGUGCGCGAGGGUAUUUUGAAGUAACAGGCAAAAGGCCGUCAUACCCUCUCUCAGGUUUCUCUCUGAUUAUAGCGAAAUUAGCGAUAGCUAGGCGGACUCGUGGCUGAGUCGUGGCCUGCGAAUUCAUGCAAAUUCGUAUCUCGUUUCGCGCACAUUUUGACCGACAAGGAUAAAUUGUGUGACGUGUCAACGAAAGAGCGAAAGAGAGAGAGCGUGAGAUUCUUCAUUCUCUCUCCUCGUCGACUUGCUCCGCUUGCUCGUUAGCUUUCUGCUAACUUGUCACCGAGCCUUGCAUCUAACUUGUCUCCGACUACAGUCCUUCGCGAUCUACUAUAAAUUUCCUUUCUUUUGAUCGAAAAUUGAACGAAAUCCUCUUCCGAGGCGUUCUCGAGAGGGCCCUUCUCCUCUCGCGGAAGAUCAUCCGCCUGCAACAGGAGCUGCAUAUCCAGCAUAUCGUGCGUAUCAGCGUGCAGCCUUGGCCCUUGGCGUGCCUCGCAAUCGGAUGUGGAAAGUGCGUGGCAGAUGAGGAUAUUCCGUUGAUUUUACCGGGCUCGUCACGAGGUGAUAAAUCUUGCAGACUGCCGAGGAGGUGGUCCGAAGAUCGUGGUAAACAUUCGAAGCUUAGUAAUUGCAAGCGACAAGAGACAGCUGCAAAUCUGUCGAGAAAAAAAAACACAUUCCCUGUAUAUAUAACAUAUAUACAUAUACCUCGAAAUGUCUACGCGAUAUAUGAAAAAGGUUUACGGCGGCGACGUGACCCUGGAGACGGGUAACGACGACGCAAGUGAUACAGAAGUCUCGGUGACCGGCAACACCAAGUCCAAGUCUUUCAACGUUUUCGACGUGUUGAAUCAGAACUCCGACAAGGACGAGGAUGCCGACGUCGGGCAGGAGGAUGAGGACCUGGUUCCAAGCAACGCGGAUUACAACGACACGAAGCGUAGAAAGAAGAAGAAAAAGCACAAGAAAUUGGAGAACAAUCGAGCCAAGCAGGAGUACGAUGCAGAGGAUAACGAAAACGUCGACGAAAUUGAACGAAGUGUAAGGGAGGUGAAUAAAUUGCUUGGCGAGCCACUGCCGGGUUGCAGUAAUCAAGAUUUGGAAGCGCAAUGGGUUGAUAGAAUAUCCAAGGAGAACGUAUUGACUGUACAGCGUAAACACUUGAAUCCGUAUAACGAAUUGAAGAGGAUCUUUGGUAGCAAAACUGUAGAGGCAGGUCAAAGCAAGAAAAGUAAAGGCCGCCCUGGGAAUUUAAAGAAGACGUGGUUGACUUGCCCGCCAGACAAUUGGGUUCCAACCAACAAAUCCGGAUUAUCGAUGUCUCUAGAUCACUCUAUGAAGACUACGGGGAAUGUACAGUAUUUUGUAUACGAACAUAGCACCUCGUACAAAGAGAUACAGCACAAAUUCUUGCAAGCAGUUGAAAGUCUGAAUCCAGAAAACAUACUCAGUAUACUGAACGCCCAUUCUUACCACAUAGACUCCCUCCUGCAGGGGUCUGAAAUAUUUAAAAUAAAUGGUGAUUUAGCGUAUGCGGCAGAGUUUAUCAGACGGGCGCUAUUCUGCUUGGAGUGUGCGUUUCAUCCGUUUUUCAAUGUGACAACCGCGCAGUGUAGAUUGGACUAUAGGAAGCAACAGAAUCGUGCACUUUUUAUAACGCUUUUUAAACAUCUUGGAUUUGUCGGUGGACGUGCCUGUUACAGAACGAGCUUGGAAUUUUGUAAAUUACUUCUGUCAUUGGAUCCUGAAGGUGAUCCAUUAGCGGUGAUCUUGUGCAUUGAUUUCUACGCCUUAAAAGCCAGGGAAUACGAAUGGUUUCUACAAUUUUGUAAUCUGUGGGAAGAAUCGAGAAAUUUAACUCAAUUGCCAAACAUAGCGUACAGCCUGGCACUGGCUCACUUUCGUCUGGGAAACAAAACUGAGGCUGAUACGCUUCUGCAAAACGCUCUUAUCAUGUUCCCAGGUGUACUGAUGCUCUUACUGGAAAAAUGCAGCAUACAAACGGACGCGAAGGUAAUGAGCCAUGAGUUUUUCAACUCUAAAGCGCAAGCUGACACAUCGCCGGCUCUAGAGAAGCUGCAAAAAUUAUACGUAAUGCGUAGUUUCCAUCUCUGGAAGGAGGCAGAUAUUUUGCCGUGGUUGGAAGAAUGUGUGCACGCCGUGCUAAAUCGAGUCGAGUCCAAAGAUGAUUACAUCAAGUACUGCCAAGUGAAGCGUAGCAAGCGCUAUCGGGGAAAGCCGCCGAGGAACAUUUUGAGACACAUCCUGCUCUCAGAUUUGCAGGAAGUUAUAGUUAACGUUCACGAGAUCCAAGGCGAAGACCCGAUGUUGUCGUACGAUCCGUUACCGCCAUUAGACAGCAUCGAUAUUUAUAAAAAGCCUACAGCAAACAAUAGACCAGCUGAAAGCAGCUCAAAUUUCUUUUUCCUCUUCUUCUCUUCGCUUUUCACGGACAUCAAUGGCGCAGCUGCUGCUUUAAAUGAUUUGAACCUAUUCGAGGAGAAUGAUGACCACGCAUAAUAACGGCUUUCUCUAAUUCUAUGGAAACUUAACGAUACCAGAGAAGAAAUAUAUGCAAAUUGUGCAAUUUUAAAUAAUUCAUAUUGUUUUAAAUAGUACAUGUAAAAAUGCAAAAAAGUAGUUAGUACAUAUAAUAAUUCAAUAAGAAAAGAAUUCCAGAAUCAUUUGCUUUCGUGUAUAAAAUUGCAUUUUUUUUGUCAGAAUUUUUGCUCAGUUGCUGUAAAAUUGCUUUUGAAUAUAUUAUCUAGUGUUGCAUUUAUAUUAUGCAUCACUGAUUAAACAACAAUUAUUGUAACAUCAUCAUAAAUCUGUUAUUAUAUAUCUGU